GAGGUGGGGGGAAGGCAGAACAAGAAGCAAAGAUUGGGAAAUUGCAGAGGCUAAUUUAGGCUUCCUAUCAGGGAAAACAAAAAUCUCUAACAAUUAGCACAUCUAUUCAAGAAUGAAAUGGGCUGCCUUGAGCCUUGGGUCCUUCUCCAUUUAGACACCUUCAAGCUAAGACUGGAUGAUCAUUUGUUGGAUAAUUGUAGUGGAGAUUCUCAUUCAGGAUGUGUGACAGAAAUAGUGGAAGACGGCUCCGGCAGUGGCUGAUUGAACAAAUUGACAGUAAUAUGUAUCCUGGACUCAUCUGGGAAAAUGAGGAGAAAAGCAUGUUUCGGAUCCCUUGGAAACAUGCCGGCAAGCAGGAUUAUAAUCAGGAGGUGGAUGCUUCUAUUUUCAAGGCCUGGGCAGUUUUUAAAGGAAAGUUUAAAGAAGGUGACAAAGCUGAACCAGCCACUUGGAAGACGAGGUUACGCUGUGCAUUGAACAAGAGUCCUGAUUUUGAGGAGGUGACAGACCGGUCCCAAUUGGACAUUUCUGAGCCAUACAAAGUUUACCGCAUAGUUCCUGAAGAAGAGCAAAAAUGCAAAAUAGGGAUGCCAAACAGCAGCUCUUCUAGUGAAGUUGCUGACAUGAAUUGCAGUCGAUCUGAAUUAGAGGAUCUGAUGAAAGAGCCCAUGGUAGAUGAAUACCUUGGUAUAAUUAAAAGGAGCCCUUCACCCCAGGAGGCCUGUAGGAGCCAGCCAAUUCCAGACUGGUGGAUCCAACAAUCCAGUACAGCCAUGCCUUUGAUGACUGGGUAUCCUGCUUAUGAAUCUCACCAUCCAGCUUACUCCCUGAUGGUGAUCUCUUUUUAUUAUGGAGGAAAAUUAGUGGGCCACACUACCACUUCUUACCCCGAGGGCUGCCGGAUCUCCCUGAGCCUCCCUCCUCAGCACCUGGAGAAGAUGUAUGGUUCCGAAAGCUUGGAGCUCAUUUGCUUCCCGCCGGCAGACUUCAUCCAGAAUGACCGUCAGAAGCAGGUCACCAAGAAGCUCUUUGGUCACCUGGAGCGCGGAGUCCUGUUACACAGCAACAAAAACGGAGUCUUCAUUAAGAGAUUGUGCCAAGGGAGAGUCUUCUGCAGCGGGAACUCCAUGAUGUUUAAGGACAGGCCCAACAAAUUGGAACGGGAUGAAGUGGUCAAAAUUUUUGACACAAACCAGUUUUUCAGAGAACUGCAGCAGUUUUACAACAACCAAAGUCAGUUUCCUGACAGCAGAGUGAUGUUAUGCUUUGGUGAAGAGUUCCCUGACAUGACUCCAUUGCGUUCCAAACUCAUCCUUGUUCAGGUGGAGCAGCUUUAUGUAAAGAAAUUGAGGGAUGAUAUUGGAAAAAAUUGCAGCAAUGGCCUUAUGCUCCAGACUCCAGAGGAUAUGGCCCAGUCUGAGCAAAUCUUCAGAUUCCAGGAUAUCUGCGGACCCCAUCAAAGACCCUUUUUUAGAGAAAAUCAGCAGAUCACUGUCUAGAGUACCCUUGUGUCUCUCCCCCACCCCAGUGGGCCCUCCUCCUCUUAUCCCAUUUCCCAUCGUUCUAGGGGUUUUGGGGAGGAGGAUUCUGUGGGACAUUCAUUUGGGGAGAAAUAUUUUUGUCAAGUCCUUUAUAAGCCAAGGUCUUGAAAAAAUGACGUUUGAAAGAAAAAUGGAGUCAUCUCUCUAGCCAUCAUUGAUGUAUUUUGGUAACUGGGACAGAACUGCCCAGAUCUGUAAAUAUUGUAAAGACAAUCCACUAUUUUCUGCAUUUAGUUUGAUUGUCAUUUGCACUGAAUUUUUUUUCCUUCUGCAUCUCGAGAUUGCCGAUAUUUCCAUUGUCUAGGAAUUGCUGUACAAAUAUUCAGUAUUGGUAGCCCAAAUAGUCGAGCAAUACACUCAGUUAGGAAGACCUGAAUUAAAACCUGGCCUCAUAUAUUUACGACCUAUGUGGCUCUGAGUGAGAACUUGACAUCCCUCAGCCUCAGCUUUCUUAUUUCUCAAAUUUCUCAAGUAUAGUAUAGUUUCUAUCUCACAGUAUUGUGAGGUUCACGGGAGAUGAUACAUAAAGCAGUUUGCAAGCUUAAUAAACUCUAAUGUUUAAGCUGUUUGUAAACACUGGUUAUUAGUAUCAAAGAACAUCUGAGUAGGACAUUUUAGUGAUUGUCAGUCACCAGUAGCCAAGCUUUUGUUUUAUUCAUUCUUUUAUUUCAGUGCCAUUCAAGAAACAUUCAUGAAGUGCCUUUUUUUGGGUAAGGCACUGUGCUAGGCCCAAAGAAUACCAAAAACAUUCCAACAAACAUUCAAAAUGGGCCUGCCUUCAAGGAAUUUACAUUUUCCAGUAGUUAAAUCUGUACGCCUGUGGCUACCCAUACUGAUUUCUGGAUGGAAGUGCCUUUUCAUUUUUAAAGCAUUUUAAUAGGGAUUGUAGAUUUUUGAGACACUAGCCCUUAUCAUAUCAGAAGAUUGUUGGAGGUACAGUAGAAAGUGGGUCUGACCAGGAGUCACAAGAUGUGGAUUCUAAUGUCAGCUCUUGACUUUACCAUAACCUCAUUAGCUGUAUAUAUUUCUUUAUUAUUAAAAUGGAUUAGAUAUUUGAAAGACCCUUUUUAACUCCCCCAUUCUGCGCUCUAAGAACUCCAUUCCUCUCUAAAAAAUCUGCUCUGAUCUUUUUAAAAGCCCUACUUCAUUAUGUUAUUUCAGGCAAAUCACUUCACUUUUCCUUCAUUUCUAAGGGUCCUUCUUAGUUCUAAUUCUUAUAAUGUAAGAAGCCAUUCUAAUGCCUACUAUGUACAGUGUUCAGCACUGGGAAGAUUGGUGCUUUUCUGAUCUCAAUGUGAAAUCCUCAGCACUACCCUUCCCCUAACUUUAUACUAAAAACAAAGGCAGAAGGAAUAUAUUCUGACUCUUUUCUCUUCCACCUUCCCUUCUGUUCUGAGUGAAGGGAGAGUACAGGGGCUAACUUUCCAUGAUAUCCUUAGCCCCUUUUUAUUCUCAUCUCUUUGUCUGGUUUUAAGAAUAGGCACAGAACCCUGGGAUACAUAUAUGUAUAUUUGCAUUGUGUAUAAAUAAUAGAUAUAAAACACACAUCAACAAGGAUUUUUACAGAUCACAGUUAAAUUGAAGUGAUUACUGGGGAGCUCUGAUUUAAAUUUGAAUAACCAAAGAGAAAUAAUUCACUUUUUUUUUCUACUGGAAUAUUUUUGGGGGCAAUGGGAAAAUAUUUUGUGGUUUAAGGAGCAAGAAUAGGACAUAAAGUUCUGUAUGUAUAUGUGUAUAAAGGACUACACCACUAGCAAAAAAGGCUUUGUAAUGCUUGAAAAUGAGAUUUUAACAUUAAAAAUAAUCAAACCUGUUUUAAAAGUCUGAUGUAAAGUAAUAGCAGAUUCCAAUCUGUGUUCUUUUCAGCUCGAAAUGAAUGUCAAAAUGUACAUCUUUAAUGUGCUAAAUGAAUAUUUAUUUUUAUGUCCAUUUAAAAAGUAGCUUGGUUCCCUCUUUUUUUUCCUCCUCACUCUGGCCUUGCAAAUAAAAUGUUAUAUUUUGUAUUGA